CCACCGGUACCAAUCAGAUAGCCAUUGACGAAAAGAUCACCUUCAGACGAAUAACUUCCUCCAGCGAAGUGAUCACGAAACGAUCGUACCAAGUGUAUUCUUCGGUGUUACGGUGUACGAUCUGCAGCAUGGAAGAAACCUGUUCCUGUGGAAUUACAAAGAGCAGCACACAGCUAUUAUAAACGAUCAAGCUCAUCCGGUUGUGCCCCCUUUGAACGCAAAUCUAACUCACACAUAGCAAAAAAACAAGGAGAAGAAUAAAACACGCACGCAUUUGAUCCACGAGCCCCCUUAAAAUCGUACAGUGUGGCGAUUGAUUUUCGAUCCGACGCGGAACAUUAGCUCACGGGGGCGAUUAUGAAAUAGUGGUGUGUUCGAAGACGAAGAAACUAACGAUAAUAACACCAAAAACGCCGACCUUCACUUGGUUGAAAAUCGUUGGAACAAUAAACUAGCGCUACUAAAUAGUGUACGUCAAAUGUCGCACCAAAACCACAGCAUCCACAGCAUCCAACGACCGGAUUAGUGUGUGCAGUAGCAAUUGGAAGUUUGAUUGGGGUGCUAAAAGAAAAAGAAAACAGGCGAAAAUAAUCGAAAGUAAACUUUUGUUGUUUUUUUUUCAGCUUAAGUGUGCUAAAAACGUGUCGUGUGUAAAAAACGUGUCCAAGUAGGCGGUUGUGGAAGUGUACAGUGACGGCCAAAUAGUUGCUAUGAAAAGUCAAAGUUAACAGCAAACCGAGCAGUGUGUAAGUGAUAGUAGAGCAGUUAACUCAGCCGUCCUCGAAGAAAGCUUUGUGAACGACUGUGAAAUACUUAGUGCAUUUGCGAUAGUAGAUCCAAAGGUAGUCUAGUGUCUAGUGCCAAAAGUCGGUAGUUGUCGGUGUGCUUUGCUUAAAUUGUACGAGUGCGAUUACCUUUGCAAGUGCCUUUCUUGGUUGGUGUGCGUGACGAAGAUACACAGUAAGCUAUCCGAAAUGACGUUACCAGAAUUUCUGAACCCGACGCCGGCACAGGUGGCCGAACUGAGGAAGCUGUUCAGAGAGAAACUGGAAAAGGAUGCAGCAAAAGUUCCAGUCGGUGGCUUCCACGAGCAUGAUAUGAGGUGGGUUUUUGAAGGCGACGGUUGGCUGACAAAGUUCCUGGAGAACAAUGACCUAAGCAUGAAGGAAUCGCUGAAGCAACUGUGGGAAACGAUGGAAUGGAGAAAAGCAUCGGGCAUCAAUGAAAUUCGCGAAGAUAACAUACGCAUGGAAUACAUUCACGAUGCAUUGAUGUAUCCCCGUGGACGUGACCUUGACGGCAAGACUGUGUUCAUCUUCAAAUCGAAGAUGUACGUACGGGGGACACGCAAUUUGGACGACCUAAAGAAGUGCUUCCUGUACUGGAUCGAGCGAAUAAUUCGCGAAGCGAACGACGAUCUAGUGACGAUCGUGUUCGAUCUUACAGAUGCCGGUCUAAGUAACGUCGAUAUGGACUACACGAAGUACAUUAUUAACACGUUCAAAAACUACUAUCCCUGCUCUCUGAACUACAUUCUCAUCUACGAUCUUCCAUGGAUUUUGAACGCUACCUUUCAAAUCAUCAAAAAACUCCUACCCGCCAAAGCUGUCGACCGGUUACGGAACAUCAGCAAUAAAAACAUUCGCGAGUACAUCGACGAUGACAACAUGCCACGGAGCUGGGGUGGCAAGGACGAUUACGUGUUUGAGUUCAUUCCAGAAAGACGAAGAUCGAUGGAGUUACCGUUAAUGCAGAACGGUAUACAAAAUGGAAUCCUCUCGAAAAAGGUUCACUUUGCCAACCUCAGCCCACCAGAAUCCCCAAUGCUUGAAAAAGCAAACAGCAAUUUUCCGGAGACCAGUGAAGGUGAAAUGUUACGGAUAACGCCACAACAUACCAUUACAUUCUCCAAAAAUGGCAGCGAAUUUGUCGGCACGGUUAAAAUUACCAACGUGGUCAGCGAGGAAGUGUCGUACAAGGUGAAAACAACGGCUCCGGAAAAGUUUCGAGUGCGUCCCAGUACCGGAUUUUUGCCACCGACUGCAAGCGUUACGAUAAAUGUAAUGUUACAGCAUGGUCAACAAAUACAUACAAUCAAUAGAGAAAAAUUUCUGGUGAUGUGCAUCGCAUUGCCGAAUGAAAAUUCCACCAACCCGCCGGAUCUAACGGAGCUGUGGAAGAACAUCUCGGCCAAGGAUGCAUCGGUAGAGCUUCAUCGUUUGAAAUGCAAUAUUGACGAAAGCGGUCUAGAACAGAUGUUCGGAAAUGCGUCCGGUAAUAUUAGUUCCGGUCCCGAUCAGUACGGCGUGAUGGGUGAAUCAUAUGCUGGCAGCAGCAUGAUGAAUAUGGGCGCGGAUAAGCAGAUGAAUCUGCUGCAGCAAACCAUUUCGCAUCUGAACGAUACGACACAUCGGCUGGAAGUGCAGGUUAAACGGAAUCAUCGCUUCCAAUGGAUUACAUGCGUGUUGUUCGUUUUGCUCGCUAUAGCCAUCGUGUAUAUACUAAAGAUAGAGAUAAAAAGCAAUGCUUCUGAGUAUUGCAGCGUCUCCGAACGACACCAUUGAAAGGUUGGCAUCCUGAGCCUCGAUUCGAGCUUUACAUCAGCUUUGUCAUCCUGGGAUAGAUUGUCUUUUCAUUUUGCUUCUUCCAUCUUUUGUAUGCAUUCAAACGCGUUUAUCAUCUUUCUGUUAUGAAGCAGGUGCAAGCAACAACAGUGUGCUCAGUUUUCUGUUUUAAUAUGAUCGUUGAUAUAGCCUAAGCUCUUGUCUUUUGUACGGGUGAAUAUGUUGUCAUUUGUCUCCUAUGGUAGGGUUAUUUUAUGCAGUAAAUUAUUCGUUAGUUAAUUGUAGAACUCCCAAUUUGUUGUUUAAUCGCCAUCUCCAUCUACACGAAUAAACGAAAGAACGCUUCGUGUUGAGAAUAAACUAAAUUUGCAAGAAAAACCAAAA